GUUUCACUCGUCAAAACCACCAGCAUGGCUCACAACUCCAACUUCCCCAAUGGUGGUCCAAAUAAUACGGCAUCGUCGUCGGCAGACGAACCCAGAAAGGUUCCCAUAUCCAUGUUGCUCAGCAAUGAGGAGCAAACCGCAAUGGGUAUUCUCCCUGCCUCACAUUGGCAACAGCAAUUCACGGACGACGAAACCGACGAAGAUGUUGUCCCCAGGGCCAGGACCGCAUCGCUCACCGAGUCCAUCUUCCAGUAUCGCCAUAUCCAUGGGAGAACCUACCACAGCGAUCUCGGCAAUGCAGAAUCGUGGGAACCCAAUGAUGAGCGUCAUAUUGAGGCAAUGGAGAUUGCCCACCACGCUUAUAUGCUCACUAUGGGCCACAGGUUGUAUUGCGCUCCACUCGACAAGAACAAGGUCCGAAAAGUGUUGGACAUUGGCACAGGAAGUGGUCUGUGGGCAAUUGACUUUGCCGACGAAUGCCCCGAAGCCGACGUCGUCGGUACCGAUGUCACCCCUAUUCAACCUUCCUGGGUGCCCGCCAACGUCAGGUUUGAGCUUGAUGAUUGCAACCAAGAAUGGACCUGGCCAGCCAACACCUUUGAUUUUAUCCAUGCGCGCAUGCUACUUGGCGUUAUCGAAGACUGGUAUUUAUUCCAUCGCCAGGCCUUCCGGACCUGCUACGUUGAAACGUUUGUCGUCUGCAGCACUUUUCAAUGCGACGACGGUACGUUAAAGGAAGACAGCGCCGUGUCACAAUGGGGCAAGGUUUUUAAUGAAGGUGGAAGAAGAUUCGGCCGAACGUUUGAGGUUUACGAGAACGACCUCCAACGCAAGGCUAUGGCAGCUGCUGGCUUUGUGGACAUCGAGUAUAGAGACUACUAUAUACCCGUAGGUGUCUGGCACCCUGAGAAGGAAGCAGCGGAAGUCGGUCUAUGGUGGAAGUUAGCCAUCGAGGCGGACAUUGAAGGAUACCUCAACUAUAUCUUCAAUAUCGUGGUAGGAUGGAGUCCGGAGGAGACCAAGUCGUAUGCCGACCGAUGCAAGAAAGAGUGGAACAAUCCAAAUGUUCACGGCUAUGCCAUCGCACGCAGUGCAUGGGGACGGAAGCCAGGGUAUUUCCCAGGGAACAAUGAGAGGACUAGAUGAUUUCGGACUGUCCUGUGGCUCUGAAACUUGAACGACAUUGAUACCCCCCUUGUCAACACUCUGCCGGGCCCGCCAGCCGACUGCAGACUACCUGGCUCAGCCUUUGCCCUGUGCCGGCAAUCUCGAGAGGUUUUGAUCGAGACCCGCCUUCUCUCUUUUACCAAAUAACAACCUUUCACGAUUC